GCUAUGUUCAGGUGUCACAGGCGGCAUCUCCCCCUCUUCCUCCAGGACGUGGCCUUGGCUGGUGCCUGGUCCCGUGUGCCGUCUUCUGGCUCCUGCCUGUCCUGUUAGGCUGGCCAGUACCCUCGUGGCUGUGAAUCGGGGUGACCUGGCCCAGGGUGCAUCUGCCCAGGGAGUGGAGGGAGUCACCUCCUGCCCACCCCCACCCCGGAACCCGAGUGGUGGCCCCCCCUGAACUGGAACCCUCCACCUAGCAACAGGGCAAACAGAACCCAGUGGGACUCUAUUCCCCGAGGUGCCUCUGCUGCCACCCGGGCCCCCCCGGGGUGGCCUUUCUCCCCCAUGCAGCACCCCAAAACUCUCUACCCCCCAGCCAUACCCCAGGAAGGCUUCGGCCCACGGGGCCUGGAGGGCACCGAGGUCCAAGGUGGUCCAGACCCCCUUUCCACCGUAGCCAGCACCAACCUGCUCUAUCAGACUCCCGCCUCAGACCAGGAUGCACUUCCAGCGCCUCCAGCAGGCUUCCAGAUGGCUCCCUGCGGCUGCUUCUUCGACCCUCGCAUCUACCGAAUCGAGUGGGCCCCCUCCGACUUUGGCCAGUCGUCCCUGUACAAGGUGGCGGUGGCCGGCGGCCCCCCCUUGUCCGGUGGCUACCUGCUGGAGGCGCCAUCCUACCUCAAGGCCCCGGGGCCUCCGCCUGCGCUCUACCCCCACUACCAGCUGGCCCCCGGGGGGCCACAGUACCUCACACACUAUCUUCCCCCCGAGGAGCCUGGGCCCGAGGCUGGCUUCGUGGGGGACGGAGGGCCCCUCAACUUCAUGGAGAUGCUCAGAGAUGGCCUGGUACCCCCACCGGCCCCUAAAGAGACUAAGCCAUCUCCCUUGCUCAUCACAGUCCCCACGGCACACACGCUGCCACCCAGGCCCUACGGCCAUCUCAGUGGCCAAGGCAGCCAGUUCCCGGGGCCCCAGGUGACCAUGAGGCCCAUCGAGGCCCCCAGGGAGCUGCCGGGCAGUGCUGUGGCCAGGCCGGGGCUGCGCUUCCCCCCCGGCCCUGCGGAGCCCAAGACGGCUGAGGCGGAGGACGUCACUCCGAUGGGCUCAGGUGAGACCAUGCCUCCCGAGGUGGCCCGGGCUUUCUUCCUGCCGGACAAGGUCCUCCUAGAAGAUGCCAUGAAACUUUUCGAUUGUCUCCCUGGUGGCCCUGAACCGGAGGCGGCCCUGCACAGGGGGCCGGGCCGCCCGCGGGACAGCGGCGGCGGCGGGGACGACCGCACGGCGGACAUCCGCUCCCUGCACCUGCCGGACGAGCUGCUGUCCUUCGAUUACGGCGUCCCUGAGGUCCUGGAUGCCGUGGCCAGCGUGGACUACGUUUUCAGCUUCAAGGCCCUGGACGAUGAGCUGCUGCCCCACGUGGGGGGCCCUGUCGCCGACACGGUGGCCCCUGGCCUGCGGUCCCAUCAGUCAGGGAAGACGACCACCACGUCUACCAAGAGAGGGAAACCAGGUGGCAGGCACAGGCAGACCGCGGCAGGCCCGGCGGGCACUGCUGCCCCGGGACCCAGGCCGGACCCUGGAGCUGGCCCCAAUUAAAGCAAUUUGAUCUCG